CGCGGUGGGCAGCCCGCCUCCUGCCACCCUGGACCCUGAAGCUGCCGCGGUGGGCAGCCUGCGCCUGCCUCCUGCCGCCCAGGACUUCUCACCUGCCGAGGCGCUGGAGAUGGAUGUGGAUGCCAUCAGCGACAGUGGAGCCGACGACCGUCAGCAGGAGAAGGCCGCUGCCCUGCAGGACGCAGCAGGGGUGACGCGCCUCGUCAACGUGGUCUGCCGCGAGGACCCCAUCUGGAGCCUCGAGCUGCUGCAGCGCGCCGCAGCCACAGUGGAGGAGCUCCGCUUGAACUUCCCCGACGAGGCCCACCUGCUCGCGGUGCACGCCAUGCCGCGGCUACGGAGGCUGGAGGUGACGGGGAACGCUUACGCGUGCGUCCCCGAGCUGCCCGCGCCUCUGCCGGGCGCCGGCGUCCUGCAGUGGCUCCGGGUGGACGGCCUGCCCCGCGCCACGACGCAGACCUUGCUGCGGGCGCUCGGCCGCUCGCUGGAGGUGCUGCAGAUGGGGGUGGGCACGGCGGGCGACGGCGAGUGGCCGUUCAGCUGCGACGACCUGCCCUCGCUGCUGGAGCAGUGCGGCCUGCGGGCGCUGCGGAGGCUCGUGCUGGGCAGGAUUGUCGGCUGCACUCACGCGGCAGCCCCGUGCGACCGACAGCGUGCCGACGCGCGGCGCGUGCUGCCAGGGGCCGAGGUGCUUUGCAACUGGUGUGACAGUGUGGCGGGGGAAGUCGUCUAGCACUACGAAAGAUGUAUGUACUGUACUUUACCAACCUCAGCUGCAAUAGCUAGGGCUGGUUACAGCCGUAUAUUCUAAGCCCGGGCUGUGUGGAAUGGUUGCUACCAUUAACCAAAGAGCAGCUACGUGGAUUUCAUGAGUUGAGCGUAUAACUUAUAAUAAAGAUGACAUGUAAAAUGUUAUAAAUAUUUAUCUUAAACUAGCCAUAUGUACGCCAGACCACGUCUCACGUAACAGGCUUCGCGUUAUCUCACGAAACACUUACGCUGCGACGCGCCUGGCGCACAUAUACAGCUAGGCCUGCGGCGCUGACACCCGAGACGAGUUAAUAGGAGUGUAUACGGAAAUAGGGCCUACUGGCCCCCAAAUUUGACAUGCGCUCUUUGCAUUUGUCGGGGACAUUUUACUCCAAAAUUAGGGAAAUGAAACUUCGCAUGUUUUAUAUAUUCAUUAAAUGUUCUAAUUUGACAGAUUGUUAUGUAACAUUAAACGUUUUAGUAGGUAAUCGAGGAACCCUUGAGCCAAAAGGAGGGUGUUGUUCGACGAUAAAUGUGUCGUAUAUGUAUUUCUUUACAAUAAAUUUUUCGUUAUAAAGCCUU